AUGCACCACCUCCUGGAGCCGUCCGCGGACAUGGCGACGGCGCUGCUGGCCGGCGAGAAGCUGCGCGAGCUCAUCCUGCCCGGCGCGCAGGACGACAAGGCGGGCGCGCUGGCCGCGCUGCUGCUGCAGCUCAAGCUGGAGCUGCCGUUCGACCGCGUGGUCACCAUCGGCACCGUGCUCGUCCCCAUCCUGCUGGUCACCCUGGUCUUCACCAAGAACUUCGCAGAGGAGCCCAUUUACUGCUACACGCCGCACAACUUCACCCGCGACCAGGCGCUGUACGCCCGCGGCUACUGCUGGACGGAGCUGCGGGACGCGCUGCCCGGCGUGGACGCCAGCCUGUGGCCAUCGCUGUUUGAGCACAAGCUGCUGCCCUACUCGCUGCUGGCCUUCGCGGCCAUCAUGUACGUGCCCGCGCUGGGCUGGGAGUUCCUGGCAUCCACGCGCCUCACCUCUGAGCUCAACUUCCUGCUGCAGGAGAUCGACAACUGCUACCACCGGGCGGCCGAGGGCCGCGCGCCCAAGAUCGAGAAGCAGAUCCAGUCCAAGGGGCCCGGCAUCACGGAGCGCGAGCGGCGGGAGAUCAUCGAGAACGCGGAGAAGGAGAAGAGCCCCGAGCAGAACCUGUUCGAGAAGUACCUGGAGCGCCGCGGCCGCAGCAACUUCCUGGCCAAGCUCUACCUGGCGCGGCACCUGCUCAUCCUGCUGCUCAGCGUGGCGCCCAUCGCCUACCUGUGCACCUACUACGCCACCCAGAAGCAGAACGAGUUCACCUGCGCGCUGGGCGCGGCCCCGGGCGGCGGCCCGGCGGUGCGCGUCACCUGCAAGCUGCCGUCCGUGCAGCUGCAGCGCAUCGUGGCCGGCGUGGACAUCGUGCUGCUGUGCUCCAUGAACCUCAUCAUCCUCGUCAACCUCGUCCACCUCUUCAUCUUCCGCAAGAGCAACUUCAUCUUCGACAAGCUGCACAAGGUGGGCAUCAAGACGCGCCGGCAGUGGCGCCGCUCCCAGUUCUGCGACAUCAACAUCCUGGCCAUGUUCUGCAACGAGAACCGCGACCACAUCAAGUCGCUCAACCGGCUGGACUUCAUCACCAACGAGAGCGACCUCAUGUACGACAACGUGGUGCGGCAGCUGCUGGCGGCGCUGGCGCAGUCCAACCACGACGCCACGCCCACCGUGCGCGACGCCGGCGUGCAGACCGUGGACCCCAGCGCCAACCCCGCCGAGGCCGAGGGCGCGGCCGAGCCGCCGGUGGUCAAGCGGCCCCGCAAGAAGAUGAAGUGGAUCCCCAGCGGCAACCCGCUGCCCCAGCCCUUCAAGGAGCCGCUGGCCAUCAUGCGCGUGGAGAACAGCAAGGCCGAGAAGCCCAAGCCCGUGCGCCGCAAGACGGCCACCGACACGCUGAUCGCGCCGCUGCUGGACGCGGGCGCGCGCGCUGCGCUCCACUACAAGGGCGGCGGCGGCGAUGCGGGGCCCGCCCCCGACAAGAAGCACGCGCGCCACUUCUCCCUGGACGUGCACCCCUACGUCCUGGGCACCAAGAAGGCCAAGGCCGAGGCCAUGCCUGCCGCCCUGCCGGCCUCCCGGAGCCAGGAAGGGGGCUUCCUGUCCCAGGCGGAGGAGUGCGGGCUGGGCCUCACCGCGGCUCCCACCGCAGACGCGCCGCUCCCCGAGAAGGAGAUCCUGUACCCAGCAGAGCCGGCCCUGGCCGCGCUGCCCUCGGGGGGCCCGUUUCACGUCUGCUCGCCCCCCGCCGCCCCCGCGACGGCUCCACUGUCGCCAGCCAGCCUGGGCAAGCCUGAGCCCCUCGCCAUCCUGAGCCGCAACGCCACCCACCCGUUGCUGCACAUCAGCACCCUGUACGAGGCGCGGGAGGAGGAGGACGGGGCGCCCCGAGCCCCCCCGGACGUGGGCAGCCUCAUCACCAUCCCUCCCCCCCAGCAGAUCCUCAUCGCCACCUUCGAGGAGCCGAGGACAGUAGUGAGUACUGUGGAGUUCUAGGGGGCGGGGCUGCCGGGCAUCGCAGGCCCCUCUGCGUGACCGCGGUGCGCCGCCGCCCCAGCCCCCGUGGACGCGGCCUCUGCUUCGCCCAGCACUGCCCGCACCCCCAGCCUCCUGUCCGCAUGCCGCGGGGCUCAGCACCUCUCCCACCCGGCCCCCCAGAUGGCAUCGUCGGGGCGCUGGCUGGGCCAGGGGCUGGCCGUGACCCCAGUAGAGCCAGUGGCCAGAAAGGCCCAGAGCGGCCCCCCUCCCCUGCAUCAGGCACUCAGCUGUGAGAUGAAUUUAUUUUUUUAGUUGGUUUUGUCUUAGGCCUGGGAUGCUGGCCUGUGAGGGGCUGGGCGGUGUCAGGACAACUCAGGAGGGGGCUGGGAGUGGGGGCACCUCGGGGCUGCCCCCUGCAGGGGCCGGGAGCCCUCCGUGGGAGGGGCCCAGGUCCACCCUCCAGUCAAAGGUCAACAUGCACUUUCUCCUCUUAUCCCGACAAACCUGUACUUUAUUUUACUAUGAUUACUGCAACUAGCGAGUAUAUUUAUCAUCAGGAGGCCUCAGAUGCAUUUAAAACAAAGGAUGUCGUGUGCGUGCGUGUGCGAGCGUGCGGGCAAGAGAGCGAGGGCGCCAGCGUGCCAGUGAGUGUGCGCGUGAGCGGGCAAGCGUGCGAGUGUGAGCGUGAGUGGGCACGGGGUGAGGCUGGGCGUGGGCACCAGCGUGCCAGCGAGGGCAGGAAUCCAACGCAAUAACCACGUCCCCUCCAGGCCACCAGCCCCCUCCCCCCGCCCCGGCCGAGGGUCCACGACGCUUCCGUGGGAGCCCAGGGCCGGCACUGGGCAGGGCUGUCCCUAUUACCUCAGCCACGGCGACAACGUGACAGUAUUCACAAGGUAGCACCGAGCAUAUCAAUAAAGAUUAUUCUGAUA